AUGCUUCAAUGGAAAGGAAAAGGGAAAGAAAAGGCUACAGAGAUUGUAGAGGACUCUUCGGACUCGGCUUCUACCUCCGACGUCGAUUCAGAUACGUCUAGUUCAUGUAGUUCGGACAGUGAACCUGUCACACAAGAAUAUCUCGAUUCUUUACUUGAAAAAGCCAGGAAAAAUGCUCUAUCACUGUCUCGUGAGCCGACAAAUUCUGUGGAUAUCUUACAAGGGGAUGUAGUAGAGCUAGAUGACGAACCCGGCAACCAGAUAUUACCUCUCCUCGACCCCGGAAACAUUCCCAAGCCCUAUUUCGAAUUUGAUGAAUCAAGGCAUAAUCGACCGACGGCCAUACGCGACCCCGAUAUCGAACUUGCUGAGAAAUCCUCAUCCGUACCCGCACCUCCUAUACCACCCCCAGAACUGACCAAAGGUGGGAAAGUACUGACAAAAAAGCAACGUAAAGCGUUAAAACAGCGAACUGCAGGGCCGGGAUGGUUUGACAUGCCUGCUCCAGCAGAAGCAGACCUUCCGCGACUCUACCGCGAGGUGGAAGCAAUGCGUCUGCGUAAUUAUAUGGACCCCAAGCGCUUCUAUCGUAAAGACGAAGGAGAAGGGAAAGGCAUCAAAGGCCUGCCGAAACAUUUUGCCAUUGGUACUAUUGUUACUGCAAACACACCAUUUGGAGGCGGCAGUUCGGAUAAUCUUACAAGGGCGAACCGUAAGAGGACUUUGGUGGACGAGUUGGUGGAUGACGCCGAGGCGAAACGUUAUGCGAAAAAGAAGUUUGAGGACUUGCAGAGCGUCCGGGGUGCACGAGGGAAGAACACCUUGCAGGCCAAGAAGCGGCAGAAAUGGUGA